AUGAAGAAGGUUAUGAAGAGCGACCCCGAAGUUAAGAUGAUCGCCGCGGACGGUGGCACCCAUCCUGUUUUGCAAGGCCUGCGAAAUCUUUAUCUCGGAGAUAACCGCACGAGCCUUCAUCGUCGCGGAUUCGAACAAACGGCGCUCGCCAAGUCGGACCAGUUCGAUUUCCUCAUUGACAUAGUCCCUCGUGACGAUGGACACGGACAUGGGGCAGGACAGGGGGGAUCAGCCGGCCAGGGGCUCGACCAAGCCGCGCGGAAGAAGCGGAAGGAAAACAACGGGCAGCAGGGACAACCACCGACAAAUGGGAGCGAUUCACGGCCAGAAGGCGUUGCACUGGAUACCUCUACCGUGGCAUCGGGCAGCGGAGCGCUUGAAGAGAUGAAGCAACUCCUCGAAGACCCAACGUCACCGGUAGAACGACAUUCAAGACCAGCUCAAGGUCCACUGGGUUGA